AAAUGAUAAAUAAGGUAUAUUUAUGGUUUGAACAAUCAAUAAGGAGUUAGUUUCUCUGCCGAGUUUAAUAGCUAGUUGAGUUUCAAACUAAAAAUAUGUUGGAUGAUGAUUUAAUAGUCAUCAAGCCUGUAGGGCGAGCUAUAAAUUCUCAAUGGUGGAUUCGCUUAAUUAGUCAAGUGUCGAAGCUCUUUCAAAUAGGUUCGCUUAAAUAUGGAGCCCGUCUUUUGUUUUGAAGUGGUCCUUUUAGGUAAUUCCAACGUUGGCAAAUCAUCUCUUCUGUCGUGCUACGUAAAUGGCAUAAAUCCUAAACAAAUCCAACACACUGCGGGAGUGGAGUUCCUGGUAAAAACUAUUGCCGAACCAUGCGGAAAUAUCAGACUAAAGAUUUGGGAUACUGCGGGUCUUGAACGAUAUAAGCAUAUAGUGCAAAGUCUCUAUACAAACCAUGAUGGUGCCCUGCUGGUAUACGACAUUCACGAUCGGAAGAGCUACAAUGAUGUUUUAAAUUGGGCUAAGGAACUCAAUGAUUGGACCCAGAAACCAAGGAAAGUUAUAGCUUUAGUGGGCAACAAGGCUGAUUUAUCUGCUAAUAGAGUUGUGUCCACCGAAGAGGCAGAAAAAUAUGCCGAGAGAAACGGAUUAAUCUUCUGGGAAACAUCCGCAACCACCGACUUAAAUGUCAGCAAAUGCUUUUUGGAAGUUGCUAUUGCUAUUAGAAAUGCAAAAACAUUACUCAAGCACAAUCGUUCAUCUUGGUAUUUGUAAUUUUGUGAAUAAUAAUAUAAGGAAUGUCAAACAGCUCUUAUUUGUUACUCAUCUCAAUAUUAACUUAUUUAGAUAUAAAACAAAAAUAAAAUUAGAAUAAUUUGGUGUCUGUCGAUAGAUUUUUGUUAAAUAAGUUGUUACGUUAUACCUUGAUUGCUAAAGCUUAGCCCAAAACUU